GUUCAAAUAUCUGACAAUUAGAUCUAGUGCAACAGUGCCGCUUUCUGUUGUAAACAAAUCGGGGUAUUCAAUGACCCAGUUCGUGAUAAGACUUAACUUUCACCCGAUAAGUUAGCAUUUAUCAGGGGAAAAUGUGGGCGAUAAAUUUCUUGAACUUCAUUUUUAUAAGCUUUAUCCUAGUUAUAGUGAUCUUUGGUGCUUUGAUAAAUUUCCUUGAGCCUUACCUUCCAACAAUCAUAAAACAAUCGUUUCGAUAUGGGAAGAUGUCAUAUAAAGGUGACCAGAGUCGAAUUACGAGCCUCCUGGAAAUCCCUAAAUCGUGGUUUAAACAUUUCUACGUGUUUUCACUUAUCUGGUCGAUCGCGGCAGUAGCAUUAGCUGCGAGAUGCUACUUGGUAAGUUUACAAUCAGCUCCCACGGUUGUCCUCUGGUUUCUGGAUAUUGUCACCGGAUCUAAGGAGCGGCAAGUUGAGGUGGACUCAACAACGUGCCUCAUUGCAGUAGUGCUAAUAUUCCUUCAGUGCGCGAGGCGCUGGUAUGAGACACAUUUUAUUCAAAUCUUCUCAUCGAAAAGCAAAAUCAACCUUUCACACUAUUUGGUUGGAUACUUUCAUUACUUUGCAUCAAUCACAGGAAUUAUCGCGAACGCUGAAGGAUUUGUCAGAGGUUCAAAUGCACGUCCUGUAAAAAUAACGGAUCUCAACAUCUUGGGAAUUGUAGCUGUGAUGUUAUUCUUGUACAGCUGGCUACAACAAUACUUAUCGAAUUUGACUCUUGUAAAUCUGCGAAAAAGUAAGGAUGGAAAAGUUGUGACUGAGGAUCAUUUAAUGCCUCAGGGAGGAUGGUUUGAGGACGUCUCUUCGCCGCAUAUGUUAUUCGAAGUGCUGAUGUAUGUUGCUCUAAUGCUUCUUAUGCCUUAUUCUGUGACAAUGCGGUAUGCUGCUCUUUGGGUCCUUAGUAAUCAGGUUGAAACAGCGUGGUUAACACACAAGUGGUAUCAACAAACAUUUGGCUCAAAAUAUCCCAAGAGGCGAAAAGCCAUUUUUCCUAAAAUUUUGUGAAUUCCAGAACAUGGCCGUUGUGUUGAUGAUUGUUAUAAGAAAUAAUUUGUACAAUUUUUUAAAAUAAAUAUACAAAACUAAUGAUACUA